GAGGCAAGGCGCGCGGCCCGUCUCUCCUUGCGCGGGCGCGCGUUGAUGAUCUAAGAAGGCGAAGCUGUAGGAACAGGCAGGGAGGCUGAUGGCUACGACGGCACGUUGGGAGGUGGUGCGGAAGCCCUCCCGCAGGGGGGCCACCGGUGGCGGCAGCGGCAGCGGCAGCGGCGGCUCUGUAGGGCGAAAGGCACUGGGAGACGCCAACGGAGGACGCGGUCUUGCCCCGCCCACUCCUCUUACUACUUCAGAAACUCUCUUUGAGCUUGGCUUUGAGAAAUCAACGAAGAAGCAGAAUAAAGAACAGGUGCCUCCACCGCCUGGACGCCAACAGCAGAAAAAGCAAAAUCCUGGAAAAAGUGCUAAGAAAGGGACAGCUGGAGACAGCGGACAGAACAAGCAAAUCAAAUGCCGGACUCUGGAGGAUGCGCUGAAAGCGCUUGAUUUAUCAGAACUCCAGAGAGAGCUUGAUAAAAGCUUGAACCUGUUCCCAGAGAACCCUUCUGUGUGGGUCAAAGAUCUAGCUGGAUAUCUGAACUACAAGCUGCAGGCCAUGAAGAGUGAGCCCACCCUCAGUCAGCACCCACAUGACUAUCCCUACUGUCUGGUGAAUAAAGAACUAAGGAGCAUCAUCAAGUCCCUGCUGUUGAAAGCUGGGGGUGUCUUAGAGCUUUUCUUUGACCACUGUAUUUACACAAUGUUGCAAGAACUGGACAAGACUCCUGGGGAGUCACUGCACAGCUAUAGGAUCUGUAUACAGGCUAUAUUACUGGACAAACCCAAAGUGGCUACAGCAAACUUGAGCAAGUAUCUUGAGCUGUUGAGAUCCCAUCAGAAUCGGCCACCCAAAUGUCUGACCAUUAUGUGGGCCUUGGGGCAAGCUGGUUUUGCUGAUCUUACAGAAGGGCUGAAAGUGUGGCUUGGCAUCAUGCUCCCGGUUCUGGGCAUCAAAUCUCUCUCUCCAUAUGCCAUCAGUUACUUGGAUCGGCUGCUGAUGAUGCAUCCCAAUUUGACAAAAGGGUUUGGCAUGAUAGGGCCCAAAGACUUCUUCCCUCUUUUGGAUUUUGCAUUCAUGCCCAACAACUCUUUAUCCUCCAGCCUGCAGGAGCAGCUCCGGCAAUUGUAUCCCCGCAUGAAAGUGUUGGCCUUUGGCGCUAAUCCUGAGACUUCCCUGCACACUUACUUCCCUUCCUUCCUCUCUAGGACCAUGCCCAGCUACUCCAGUGACAUGAAGAAAGAGCUCCUGAACUGUCUGACCGAGUGCCUCAGCCUUGAUCCGCUCAGUUUCAAUGUAUGGAGGCAGUUAUACAUCAAACACCUCCCACAGUCAAGCCUGCUCCUGAAUCACUUCUUGGAGACCUGGGACAACACUCCCAAAAGGGUGCGAAAAUCUUUACGGGAAACAGUUCAUUCUUUCAGUGUCACAAAUGAAGAGCUGGCUAUGAAAGGACCAAACAGUGUUCAGGAUGUAGCAGCUUGUAGAGCUGCCUGCAAGAACCUGCUGCUGAAGAUGAAAGCCGGUGGGUUUCCUUGGCCAUGGCUGGUUUUAGUCCUCCUUGUAUUUACUGCUGGAUUGCUAAUGCAUGAUAUCAAGACUCAUGGCUCCUUCCAAGCUUCUGCCUCUGCACGUGUCCUUCGUUCUUCUGGCAUCCUGUCUGCCUCUGAGCAAGCCUGGAACAAAGUUUCCCAUUUCUAUAUAAAAGGAUACAGCUGGCUAGAAACAAAUAUACCAGUCUACUACUCUCAAGUGGCAACUGUGCUCGGACCCAGUUUGGAGCUAGCCUGGGCCAAGACAAAUGAAACUGCUACCUAUAUCUCUGGGAAGUGUUCUGCUCACUUAGCCUGGCUCAGCAACAACCUCCCUAGGCUCAGUGAAUGGCUUCAGACACAGCUGCCAGAUUCUGUGCUGCAUGGUGCUGAAUACCUCAAAGAAUUACUGCUGUUCCUCAUGCGAAACUACUUUCUGCCUGCUGUGGACUAUGUUGCUGUGUCACUGGACAGAACCUGGAAAAUGUGGUUGGCUUCCUGCAAUGGUGAAGGGUCCUGGACCUGCUUGAAAAUGCAUCUAACCAGCUUUAUCCAAACUUCUUGGACAUACCUGCAGGAUACAACUGUGGCCAUUAAGGACUGGGCUAUUGCCAUUAUCUCUAGGCACUAGCAGUGAUCCUAGGCUCAGAAGCUGGGUAUGAAGUUUAGGCCACUGCUGUCUGGAUGGCAAAAGCAGGAUGAACCAAUUUGCUUAUUCUUUAGUCUGACCAUCAAAACAAAGAACAAACAACUUUGACUUGCUGCAGAAACCCAGAGCUACCCAGACUAGAUGUCUCCAAGCUCCCCAUCUGCUGUGCUGUCAGGCUUGUUCUCAGCUGAGGCCCUCCCAGGCAGCUGUUGGCAAGCUGUCUCCUUGCUCCAGGCUCCAGUGGUAAUGACAGCUUUUAAGAGAGCAAUGCAUAUCCCAGCAAUUAUUUUUUUGCAAGUGGAAAAACACUUCCUCUUUCAGUAAUAUUAUCCCAAAUAAAUUGGUUGCUGGGUCAGUGA